GCUCCUCCCGCAGGCAGCCCGCCAGGCCCUCUCCUCCAUCCCUCCCUCCCUCCCUCUCCCUGCCUGCUCCAUCCCUCCUUCCUGUCGGCGCUGCGCACUGCUGCCCGCCGGAGCUGGGCCGCCCGGGAUCGCGCCGCGGGCACCGCGCACACCCCCGCGGCAUGAGGCCGCCGCAGGGCAGGGCGAGGCGGCGGCGGGUACCUACUGUGGCUGCCCGCUUUAGCGCUCAACUCUGCUGCACUGAAGAGUGAGGACUGAGUCCAUCAAAGGCUCCUGCAUCUGAGCUCCUGCCAGCAGUGCAAAUAACUGACCAGCUUCUUAGAAGAUGAUGUUUAUUCCUACUUGAAGCUGCCAUUUGGGAAACAGAAGAAGAAUGUGGACGAAUCCAAACCUCCGCUGUCUUUUAGUGCUAGCUAUUUUAUGUUUAACAAGCUUAGUGCGUAGUCGAGAGAUAGGUUCUCAAGGAGACCCCCAGAAUUUAAAAUGUGUCACGCACAAUUUACAUAAAAUGGUCUGUACUUGGGAUAUCUCAUCUAAAAGAAGACAUGGACAAACUGAGUUUUGUUACACUAUAGAUGACAUCAUUCAAAAGUGUUUUAAAACUAAGGAGAAAAAAGUUGAGAUUCCAGUCCCAGAGAGCACCACCACCAUGAAAAUAACCACAUACAGCACUUCUGGAACAGCCUUUGCUACUAGACGCUUUGAAAUUCACAAGAAAGACAUCUCAUUCGUUCCACUCGCUCCACGCAUUCUUAGUUUAACACCUGACUUUUCAACUUCUACUUUAACUCUGAAGUGGAGUGAUAAUGGAUCAGCCUUCCCAUAUGGACUGGACGCCUCUUGGGAGAUUGAGAUACUCCGUAAGGAAACAAUGGAAGAUGUCACACGAGAAUCUUACAAUUCAAAACUGAUCCAUGAAGACAUCAUUCAUUCUUGGAACUGGAAAUCAGACAUGCCUUUGGAGUGUACAUCGCAUUAUGCAAGGAUUCGCCAUUAUAUUAAUAUAACACAGUUUGAUGGCCACAAGGAUUGGAGUGACUGGAGCCCAGUAGAAGUAGUUCCUGGAAAAGAUACUGAGCCCAGUGGAAGUGGACUUUUUCCUCAGGACACUGUGGUGGCAGUGGGUUCAAAUGUGACAUUUUGUUGUGUCCAUGAAGAAGGACGGCAGGUACAACGGAUGUCAUAUGGAGCGAAAGAUUACCCACUAAUACGUCUGAGCAGUCGGAGCAGUGCAAUCAGAGUGCUCAAUGCCAGUGCUUCAGAUGCCAGUGGGACAAAUAUAGUGUGCAGAAUGUCUGAAAAUGGGAUGGAUGGAACUGUCUUGUUUGUAGGAUAUGGCCCUGAUAUUCCCAAAGACCUCAGCUGUGAAACAUCCAACUUUGUGAUAAUAAAAUGCACCUGGAAACCAGGAAGAGCCAGUGGACUAUACGGAGUACGUGGAACGAAGUACAGUUUAAUUGAAAGUAUAUCUGGUAAAAAUGUUUCCUGUGAAGUAAAUGAAAUGAAGAAAGAGCGUGUUUGUGGCUUUCCAGUUCUGGCUGAUCAGAAAACCUACAGUUUUGUAUUAGGAGUUUCCAAUCCUAUUGGACAAACAGAGGCAUCUCUUUUGGUUGAUUUAAAUCAGAGAGUUAAUCCAGAAACUCCAGAAAAGUUAACUGUUUUUGAGAACAGCUCCACAAGUGUCCGUCUGCGUUGGUUUAUAAAUGGCAGCUUUGCUGAGAUCAGGCUUCUGUGUCAAAUUGAAAUCAGCAGUGGCCACUCUGAGCAAAAACUGCACAAUGUCUCCAUGCCUGGUGGAAAGUUCUCAACUUACACAGCUCAGCUGAAUGCAUUGCACCCGUACACCAAAUACCGGUUCAGGGUGCGCUGUUCAGCUGCUGAGCACUUCUGGAGAUGGAGUGACUGGAGUGGGACAGAGGAACAUACAACGUUGGAAGCCCCACCUGCCAGAGGACCAGAUAUCUGGAGAGAGAGAAGUCCUUCUGGAAAAAGCCUAAGAAUCUUCUGGAAGCCCUUAUCCCUUUCUGAAGCCAAUGGAAAAAUUGUGUCUCAUGAAGUGUCCUGCUACCUGCUAGAGGAAUCACUGGAGUAUAAAGAAGUCACGGAGCCCUCAAACAGUACUGAGAUAAAACUUGGAAGAAAUGAUUGUGUAAUUAGUGUUGUAGCCAAAAAUCAUGCAGGCUCAUCUCCUCCUUCAACGAUAACAAGCGUGGAACUUCCAAGUGACAAUGUCAAAACAGAUCGAGCUGUGGCAAUGGGGAAUGGAAUUUAUAUUUCUUGGAAUUCUUACCCCAACAUGACCUGUGGCUAUAUAGUAAAAUGGUGUCAUUCAUCUGGCUCCGAACCCUGCACUGUGGACUGGCAGAAAUUUUCUUCAAAUACAACAGAUGCAGUGAUAAAAUCUGCUCUGUUUAGACCUGGCGUGAGAUACAACUUUUCACUGUAUGGCUGCAAAUCCAGUGGAUAUCAGUUACUGAAAAACAUAACUGGGUAUACGAAAGAGCUGCCUCCAAAACGUGCACCAAAUUUUACUGUAGAAGAAACUUCUUCGGAUUCAAUAUUGGUAAAGUGGGAAGACAUGCCUAUUGAAGAUUGUCAGGGGUUUUUAGAAGGAUAUCGGCUUUCCUUUGCAAAAGGUGAAAAAGAUUCCUUAAAGCCUAGGCUUUUGGAAUCAGGGAAUCCAGAACUUAAAGUUAAGAAUAUCACUGACUUAACAAAAAAGUCUUUGAAAAUACUUGAUCUUCAAGGCAAAACGAGUUACCAGCUAGACCUACAAGCCUACACUGCUGGUGGGUUGAGCCCUCCAAACAGCCUCUAUGUGGUGACGAAGGAAGACUCUGUAGGACUAAUCAUUGCAAUUCUCAUACCUGUGGCAGUGGUUGUUCUGCUUGGAGUGGUGGCAAGCAUCUUUUGCUAUAGGAAAAGGGAAUGGAUCAAAGAAACGUUUUAUCCAGAGAUCCCAAAUCCUGAGAACAGUAAGGCACUGCAGUUUCAGAAGAACAUUUGUGAGGGGAAUAAGUCACUUAAAACACUGGAAAUGAAUCCCUGUACCCCAAAUAGUGUUGAAGUGGUGGAAACACAAUCUGCAGCUCCCAAAAUUGAAGACACUGAGAUGAUGUCCGCAACAACAGACACCAUUGUGCCUGAAGAUGGGUCUGACUCAGAAACAGAAAACCACGUGGUUGUGUCCUACUGCCCCCCUAUCAUUGAAGAGGAAAUUUCAAAUCCCCCUAUGGAUGAACCUGUGGGGCUAUCUCAGGUGGUUUACAUUGACAUCCAGUCAAUGUAUCAGCCUCAAACUAAACCAGAAGAGGAGUCAGAAAUAGACUUAGUGACUACUGCUGGCUAUAAGCCACAAAUGCAGCUGCCUGUCAGUGCUCUGAAAAUAGAAAGCCGCUCACCUGCCGAGGAAGAAUCAGAUAAGACAGCAGGUUACAGACCUCAAGCAAACACAAAUGCCUGGAACAUGGACACUCCAGAUUCUCCUGGAUCAGUUGAAAGCAACAAUGAAAAUGCAUCUUUUGGGAGCCCAUGCUCCAUUAAUUCCCGACAGUUUCUGCUUCCCCCAAAAGAUGAUGAAGACUCUCCCAAGCCCAGUAACACGGGGUGGUCCUUCACACACUUUUUUCAAAACAAGCCAAAUGAUUAACAGUGAGUCGUCGUUGCACCUGAACCUGCCUUCUAAAUAAGCUCUUGUUCCUGAUGAAACAGGAUGAAAAAGUGCAAAAAGCAUGUGUUAUUCUUGGAGACAGUCAGCAGAGGUUCUAGUAAGCUGAAUGUUACCAUGUUUAAGUUAAUGAAAGUGUUGAUGUUCCAUUUUAAUAGAGGCUGAGGCCAGAAUUAUAGCAAUCUAGUUAUUACUGUAGUAAAAUAUAUUGGAUAUAAGUGGUAUUGAGUUUAGAUCUCCUGAUAAAUAUAGUCAGAGAACUCUGCCUACAUUCAGAUAGUGUUUGAAGGCUAAUAUGGUCUCAUACAACUCAUAACUUGGAAAGAUUGCUUUGCUUUGUUGUAGUUGUUCUCAACCAUGCAUACUCAAAUGAUGUAGUCCCAACAGGUAUGCUCACUUGAAGAUUUCAUUUACUGAAAACUUCAGCCUAAUGUUUUAUAAGGAUAUGGUUGGAAACUCUUGAGGUCUUUUACCUAGUGAUAAACUAACAACAAAUCAAAGUUCUACUUUUCUCCCAUAUGCAAAGGUAUUGUCACUGUUUAACACUUCUGAAGCAAUGGCCGUUCAAAGCUGUUGCUUCUUAACUAGACACUAGUUUCUGUACCUACUGUACAAUGUUUAUUCAGUGUUUGACUCAGGGGUACAAACUUGAGAAAAAAAGUGUAACACUGAUUUAAACCUCAACAAGAACUGCAUGAAGUUUAAAAAAAAACAACAAAAAAAAACCAACAAAAAAACAAGCAAACAAAAAAAAAACAACAUAGAAACUUUAUAUAUACUUUUUCUGUCCUUUGGUUAAGGAGUUAAUAUUUCUUGAUGUAUUGCACUAAUGCAUUUUGUAUUUUAUAGUUUGAACUCCAGACUUCCUGCCUCAACUCGUACUCUAUUCCAUUCCCCCACAGUAUUCAGAAUCUUUGCAUUAUGCAGUAAUGUAAGCCAUGGGGAAAUCUCUGACCACUAACACUAGUUGUCCAAGCCAUUUGGCACCAGAAAUCAGAUGUAGUACUACAGCUCUGUGAGAACAAAUUGCUCUUUGGAUGGUCUUCAUUAUGUUAGCUGUGCUACCUGCUGCCUGGCUGUUCUCCACAUUGUCCACCCAACAGGACCUUUUCCUACAAAUCUAGGAGUGCAAAGGGGGAUUUCUGCAGUGGCAGAAACCUUAAGAGGUUUUAAGGCCACUAAUUCUACCUCUCCUUUACUAGACAUGUGAUGCAAAGAUACCUUAAAUGAUGUAAAUUUGUAUGCUGAAAGAAGUUUUCAGAACAAUCAUCUUUGGAUUUUUUUUUUUCCUGUAUGCAUCUAUAGGCAUCUGUAAUUGUAAUAUUUCACUGUGCAAAUUUCCAACUGUAGCACACUGAGUUUCACUAGCUUACAAUACAAAGUGCUUUCUAAUUUACCUGUUCCAUAUUGUAAAACACAGUGAAGAGAGGUCAGAUCUUUAAGCGCUUGAUCAAAAAGGGUUUUCAUAAAGUCCUAACCAAAUCUUAGUGUA